CGCAGAUUUAGCCUCGGCGCUGAAGUAAAUAUGCCUGGGUUCACCUGCUGUGUCCCCGGCUGCUACAACAACUCGCACCGGGACCGGGAAUUGCGCUUCUACACGUUUCCUAAGGACACCGCACUCAGAGAGCAGUGGCUGAGGAACAUCUCCCGGGCCGGGGUCAGCGGCUGCUUCAGCACCUUCCAGCCGACUACGGGGCACCGAGUCUGCAGCGUGCAUUUCGCCGGCGGGAGGAAAACCUACAGCAUCCGAGUGCCGUCCCUCUUCCCUCUGCGAGGGGUGAAUGAGCGCAGAAGUCGGCGGGGCAGAGGCAGGAAAGUGUCCGCGGCGGUUCCCGCGCCCGCCGCAGCUGCGACCUCCGGGAUUGUUGUCACCAGUACCGUGCUGGGCAGCACCGCAGAAGGAGCCGAGGCCAACGCAGGUGGGGAGGCGAGCGAUGACAGCAUCACCGUGGUGCAGAUAGGCCAAAACGGGGAGUACCUGGGCACCGCGCGACUGCCCGUCCAAACGGAGGGGACUUCUUACACGGGGCAGGUCGGCGGUGCAGCCGAGGUCACGGCUGGCGACUCCCAGGCGGACACCUCAUCCGCGGCGGCACCCGUGCAGUAUGUCAGCGUGACCAGCAGCCCGCUGGACCACUCGUACUCUCUGACCACCGGCACCACGUCGGCCGAGCUGCUGAGGAAGCUGAACGAUCAGCGGGACAUCAUCGCGCUCAUGGAGGUGAAGAUGAAGGAGAUGAAGGCGACCAUUCGUCAGCUCCGGGUGGCGGAGGCCAAGCUGCAGGAGGAAGUGCGGGAACGGGACCGGCUGCUGUACGGCAACACGGUGGCUGCUAACGUUCGGAAGAAAAUCUGAUGGGAUGGGUGAACAUCCCCGGAGACGAGCCGUUACACAGACUCAGACUGACGGAGAGCAGGAGACAGCAGAUCCAGCCCCGAUUUCUACGAAACUGAGAGCGAUGACAAUUUAUUUUCAACAAGUAGAGCUGAUUUUUAUUUUAUUUGUGUUUAUUUUUUUUUGUAGGCUGGCUAGUUGAUGUAGCUGAUAGUAAUAAACUUAUUGCUAUUCUCAUUGAAACAUGCACAGUCCGCCUCUGGUCUGCAGCCAAACCAAGAUCACAUGAAUCCAUUCAGAUGAGACUCGUAGUUUGCACAGACUCACAUGUUUGACUUAUUUAUGACGGGACAGACUGAGGGGACACCGGCGAGGAACAUGCUCAAAACUGCCUAGCUGCAUAAAGUGUUUUUUGUCCUUAAGCUGUUUUUGUUUUGUUUUUCCAACUGAGUUUAGGAGGCUCUUGUUGCAAAAACAGGAAAACAAAAACACCCCACAAUAACAUGCAAAAAUGCGCCAAGAUGAAGUAUCUAUAGGAUUUUGUUUUAACCAAAACACUAAUCUUGGCCUGCUUAUGGUUGUAGUGAACUAAAUAAAACUCUACCACGACUGUUUCAGAGUUACCAUUAAAGGUACCUUAAGAUUAUUUCCAUUAUUUUUGUUGCUAGAAGUAUUUUUGCAACUGAGAAGAAAAAAAAAAGACUUGAAGAAGUUCCUCAAAGCUUUAAAGGGCACUUAAAAUGAAUUGUUAUUAAAGGAUGCUUCUUGGGGACGUUUUUUCCAUAGUUUUUGGGAAGCAGCACGUGCUUCUUUUUUCUUUUUUUUGGUGUUAUUUAAACAUUUUACGUGCCUCUUCACUAUUUUCCACGCAGAUGAUUAGUGGCCACAUAUUUGUCCUGUUCAUCAGUGUUUUAAGCAUAGGAUAUUACAAACAUUUCAUAUUUUUGAAGCUGAUCUGGCAGCUCAUUGUUUAAGACUGGCAAGUUAUUUCUCAAGCCAACAAGCAUUUUGUCUCAUAGCAGCAUUUUAGAGACUUCUGGUGGGAAAAAAGGAUCCGACAGUGUUUCUGUUGUUUUCUUUUUAAACCUUCAUUGAUAUUGGGGGGGUUUGGCUCAUGUGAUCUCAUCUCCAGACUGCAGCUGAGGGGUUUGUUUUAGAAAAAACAAUAAAA